AAACAUAUCAUAUAAGUAUUUAUAUAAGUUCUCUAAAAAUUUCCUAAACAAAAAUUUUCAUUGCUGCCAUGAAACUACCAAUUCCAAACAAAGUAUUGAAACUAUGGGAUGCAUGGCAUCUCAGGGGUUGUAUCAUCUUAAGCCUUUUCACACAAGCUUUCUUAGUGUCAUUUUCAUCCCACCGAAGACAUUCAAAAUCCACAUUUUUGCUCUUCUUAAUUUGGUCAGCAUACUUACUUGCAGAUUGGAUUGCAGCCGUAGCCAUUGGUGCAAUCAUCAAAAGCCAAGGUGACCUAUGUGAUCCACUCAAAGAAGAUAACAAAGACGAUCUCUUGUCCUUCUGGGCUUCCUUUCUUUUGCUUCAUCUCGGCGGUCCUGACACCAUUACCUCGUUUGCCCUCGAGGACAACGAGUUCUGGCUCAGACACAUUUUCGGCCUUGCUUUACAAGGCCUUGCAGCUGCUUACAGCAUCUUUUUAACUCUCCCAACAACCAAGCUUUGGCUCCCAGCAACCUUAGUCUUGGUUGUUGGGAUUGUCAAGUAUUGCGAGAGAGUUUACGCUCUUUAUCUCGCAAGCUUAGACCGUGUUGCGAGCAUUAAAGACAAAAUUAGUACACAAAACACAAGAACAACACUAACUACCACCUCUUCAAGCCACAUUGAAAUGCUAGAGCUAGCUUACAAAACCUACCAAAUCUUCAAAGGACCACUCCUUGGUAGAUUCUACAUUCGAAAUCCUCCCCCGUCUUUGGGAUCAGUAAACCACAUUACGGCUUUUAAGUUUAUAGAGUACGAGCUGAGCAUCAUGUAUGAGGUUCUUCACACAAAGUUAGUUGUUGUUAGUCGAAAAAUCGGGUACAUCUUUCGAUUCAUUGGCUUCUGCUUCAUUCUCACCGCUUUCAUUUUGUUCAUUCUUGUUGAGAACAAAGGAUUGGAGUUGCCCAAGUUCGAUAUAGUUCUUACUUAUGCUUUGCUUACUGGAGCCAUUGUUCUUGAUUCGAUCUCAGCCUUACAGCUCGUGUGUUCGGAUUGGAGUCUCGGCGGUUUGGAAGGGAAGUGGAAGAGUUACAUCCCUUUGGUAAUUGUAAAAAGACAGAGGUGGUCCAAUUCUGUUUCACAAUAUAAUUUGAUAAGUUACUGCCUUGAUGGGAAUACAAUGUGUCCACUCAACAAGUUUGAUCAUAAUAUUUUUGACAAGAUCAAAAUCAUGAGGUUUUCCUCAUCGCAUAAGGUCCAUCAAGAUACAUUGGCUUAUAUUUUUAAUCAUGCAAAAUCCAAAUCUGACAGUGCAUACAAUUCAGACACUGCAAUUUUUGGUGCACUUUUGUUUAGAGGUCACCAAACAACUUGGGAUUAUCCCAAGCUCGAAUGGAGCAUUAAGAAUUUUGAAUUUGCUGAAAGUCUUCUUUUGUGGCAUUUAGCCACUGAGCUAAUAUGUUGCUCUUCAAGAGAAAGUGUCAAAAUUGGCAAGAUUAUUUCAGAUUACAUGUUUUAUCUUAUGAUAAUGCAACCUUUGAUGUUGUCUUCAGUUUUGGGGAGCAAUUGGAAAGUGGGGUUUCAGGAUACUGUGGCAGCCACCAAGAGAUUUUUGGCCAAGAACAAGAUGAUUUCAGUGGAAACUAAAUUGAUAAGGAGAAGUGAUGUUGAUGAUGAGAGUAAAUCUGUGUUGUUUGAUGCAUAUAAGUUGGCUACAGAGUUGAGAGAAAUGGAUGACCAUAUGUGGGAAGCAAUGGAUCAAAUGUGGGUGGAAAUUAUGUGUUACACAGCUGCUAAGUGUAAGCCAAUUGUACAUGCACAACAACUUGGCAAGGGUGGUGAGCUUUUGACUCUCACUUGGUUACUUCUCAAUCAUUUUGGCUUGGGAUUUCAGUUUUUCUUGUAAGAGGAGGGCAUGUUAUUGUUGUUUCAAUGUCACUGUAACUUUGAAAUUAUUUCUAGUUUUAUUUAAGAAGUAUUCAAAAUAAUAAAGAAAGAAUUUCAUGGUG